AUGGCAGACUCCACCGACCUCAAUCUGGAUGAUGCACCCAGCGACCUUCAAGACAUUCCGGAGCUGGCAAUGCAACUGGUGCCACCUCCCGAAGGAACAUAUCCUGAUAAGGCAACGCUGCUCGCUGCAGUCCAAGACCAUGGAAAGGAACAUGGCUACAAUGUGGUCGUCAAGUCAUCAAGCACGCCUACCGAAAAGAAACCCGGCCGCACGGCCAAAGUUUGGCUGCGUUGUGAUCGGGGCGGACACUAUCGACCGCGCAAUGGCUUGACCGAGGAGACACGCAAGCGUCGCAGAACGUCGCGCUUGAUGGAUUGUCCCUUUAUGCUUGUCGCGGCGGGUUCCCCGGGCAUCUGGACCUUGAGCGUACUCAAUGCCACGCACAACCACGGCCCCAUCAUUGAGAAGCCGCGCCAAGUGCCUCACCACAAAGUGCGCAAGGGUCAACUACCAGCCAUUCCAUAUGAUUGGCCGCAUGACGCUUCCUUCACGCCGUACACCACUGCGCUCGUUAUCAUUGACAUGCAAAAAGACUUCUGUUUGCCCGAAGGAUAUAUGGGAUACCAGGGCUAUGACAUAUCCGCUGCACAGGCCUUGAUCCCACGUCUCCAGCGACUACUCCACGCUUUCCGCUCCGGGGGCUUCCCAGUGUAUCACACUCGCGAGGGCCACCGCGCCGAUCUAUCUACUCUUUCCAGUCGUGAGGCUUACCGGUCUCGCAACAAUGCAUCAGGCCUAGGAAUUGGUUCUCCAGGCCCCAUGGGCCGUCUACUCAUUCGUGGUGAACUCGGUCACGACACUGUUGACGAACUUUACCCUCUCGUCGGUGAGCCGGUCAUUGACAAGCCAGGUCGUGGUGCAUUUGCCCACACGGAUUUUGAACUUUUGUUACGCAACAAAGGCAUUAAGAACAUUGUCAUCGCAGGGGUGACUACCGACGUCUGCGUUUCGACUACCAUGCGCGAGGCGAAUGACCGCGGCUUCGACUGUGUCGUUUUAGACGAUGGCACUGCAGCAGCUGAACCAUCCCUUCAUCUAGGCACAAUUGAAUCAGUCAAGAUGGAAGGCGGAAUAUUCGGUACCGUUGCCAAGUUGGAAGAUGUCAUUCAUGCGGUCGACAAUUUCAAAGCAGUUACCAUGAAGAAGCUGGCCCCUCAGAUGACGGCCUAG